AGCUGUAUUUCUAGUUAUGUGAGGAAUGUUGUGUAAAGUUGUACUGUUACUGAAUUGGGUAGCAGUUCUAUCAACUGUAACCCAUCUUGUCCUACAAAAUGACGAUAUUUAUACCAAGGACCGCUCUGAGUACGAUUUAAAAGAGUACAGCAGUUUACAGAAGGUUCUGGAACAAGAUGAGUUGGUGAAGACUGCAGACUCUUUGCUAGGCAGACUUGAGAUUGUCAAACGAAAUAUAAUUGACGAUGCGCCACUGCUAAACUCAGAAGAUAAAGUUGGAGAAAAUGACUGUCUAGAGUCAGGUCUCCUCUCAGAUUUCGACUUCUCCAUAUUGCCAGCGCUAGAGCGGGAGUAUGAAGGGCACACAAGGUUUGAUCAGUAUAUGUGUAGAAGUGAGGUGCCAAACAAUGUUCCUGAUUGUACUAAGAGUGAGGAGACUUUCUUUAUUGGCGACUAUCGACAUAUCCCUGGUGUAAUCCACAUCACAGAGAAAGCAGGUUCACCCACCUACUCUCUUCUUCCUUUUGUACCUACAGAUGAUAUUGCUUUGUUUGGUCACUGUCUACAUAGACACUUGAACGAGGAGAGUGAGAACUGGCACGUGUAUCUAGGAGCGUCGUUCUACUGGCGACUACAAGGUAACGACGCAGCAGCUCUUCAGUGCAUCUUCAAGAGUCUCUACUAUGCUCAGUUCACUAUAGACGCUAAAGGACAGACAGACAGUUUGCUUGUAACGCUAGCUAACUUACUGUCUAACGCGGGACACGACUCUGACGCAGCCUUGGUCAUGGAACACAGUGCACUGAUCCCCUACCUACAGCAACUCAAACUAUGGAGUGCUGGUAACCUUUAUACACUAUCAGAGCAGUACAAGCUAUCUCUAGACCUGUAUAAUGAGACCUUGAAACUGGGCCCCUUCCCGCUUGCCGACGAGCGCCUCUCUACUAUGGAGUGCUACAGCAGCGUGAUACAGCGCAUGGAGAAACAGAACAACGCGCUGCGCGCAACUCUCCAGAAGUUACGCGAGCGCCACGAGCUAGAGACCCGUUAUAUUGGUAUCCAGGAGCGCAUGUUCUCCAAUCUGCGGAAUUCUACUCUGCCUGCUCAUAUCAUACAGCAGAUUACAACUACAGAGGAUGCUGUGAGGAACACUCAUAAACUAGUUCUGGAACAGCAGGAGAUACAGAAUACUCUCAGUCCUAAUAAAUACAAACAACAGUCUGAAAGAAGGGUAGAAGUAGUGGUAGAUGAUCUGGAGAAGCUUCUAGAAACCAAGAACAACAAGAAACAGAAGAGCGGGAACGACAUAAAGAAAGAUAUAAACUGGAUAAAAUCUACCCGGUUAAAACUAGAGGAACUGGUGGAACAGAUAAAGAACCAGCUGUCAGACCCCACUGAUGUGCCAAUUGUUUAUACCUAUGAGGAUGGGUUCGAGUCUAGUGAGGAUUUAGAUGAUGAAGAACGAGAGAAGAGGAGACAAUAUUUGAACGAGGAAGAGGAGACACUGUUAGAAGAGUUGUUGGAUCCUGAAGCAGAGGUUAUCCCUCCUGGAGAGGGGACAGAGCAAGUGGUCCAGGAAGCUAAACCUGACACUGAGAAUGUUGAAGUUAAAUUGUCUGCUGAUAUAUUUCCAAAUAAGGAACAGGUUAAAGUUCAGUUUAAGAACCUGGGAACAGAUAACGACUGCGAGGUGGCGAGGGGUGGUGAGAAUGACAGCUGGUACCAUCUCAAGUGUAAGAUCACAGGAGACGUGAAGGAGAAACUUGAUAAGGAACUUAAGAUAGUGAUCAGGGAACAAUCAGCUAGUAGUGCUACUAUUGAGUUAAUAAGUGACGGAAGUGCCGAGAUAUUCAUACCUCCGUACGUGCAAAGUAUGACGAUAACGGAGCGUGGGAAAGCACGCAAAGUGGGUCUGACCACCGCGCCACUGCUGGAGCGGCCCGCCAUGGACCAGGAAACUCUGACUAAACUGAUCACGGAGCAUCUUCAAACCAGGGAUAUAUUCGAAACUAUGAAGAAUAUCAGGAAGGAAAAUAUCAAACCAAACCUUGAUUCGGUUGAGAACGCAGUGGAGAUGAAGUUUGGGGAAGAUUCUUGGGUGUUGCGUCUCUUCAAGGUUGACACAAGUCCGAGGAACGUUGUGCGACUGGAGAUGUGUGACCAGUACACUCCCAUAUUCUCUCAUGGAGACCCUUAUGUGCCCCUCAUGACGUCACUCUUCAAACACCAUCACGCGAUCCAGAAAGCUCUGAAACCCUCAGAUCAUCACCACCCCUUCUCCCCCGACUGUGCCACGCACAUGGACCUUGACAACUGUUACCUGUGUUACGACGAUCUCUCAGGAGUUAACCGGGAGGAACAUGAUGUGCGGCACAUUCUGGAGGAUUUCCCCUUAUCUGAGCUAGAGUUGGUUACCAAGAACGUCAGGGCCCUCGGGGCUGCUAUUGAUGCGGGUCUAAGGAAGGAUCCAAAUAACUGGGUACUCUACCACCUUGCUGCAAUGUAUCACCGAACCUUUACAUUCGACCUUGGUCCCGCCAUGCAGUGCACGCGCCGCGCGCUCGCUGUAGUGGAUUUAGAGAACCGACCUGUGCCUCUUCUGACUCUGGCUAAUUUACUGCACCAAGGGAGGAAUAUUCCAGAUGCAACUGUCAUCGUGUUGGAGUUGUUGGCUACCGACCCUAACAUGUUUUUGUACCACGUAGAAACUUCAGUUUUACAAGUGUCGAUUGGUCGACCUAGCGGGCAAUUCCGAGCUGCCAUGGACUCAUUAAACCUUGCUCACUCCCCCCUGGCUGAUCAUCUGCUCAAUUCACUGUUCUGCUAUUAUGAUAUUCUCAAGGAGGACUUCAAGCCACCAUACAAAAGAAUCGUUCACUCAAAGCGGAUAUCCAGGGACAAGAAGCACCCACCCUUUACCAAGCCUCACAAAGCACCCGUUGACGGGGAAAUCUGGAGGCUGGAACACCACGAGGGGAUCACAGUGGACGUCACGUGGGUUCGAUGAACUGGCCCGGACUUUAAGACUGAAGAUUAAACCUACAAUUGUAUAAUCGAACUGUUUUUUCCCCGGAAUUUUAUGAGCUAUGAUGUAUAAGAUAUUCAUAUUGGACAACUGAAAUUGAAAAUCAUUAAAUGAUGAGCGACAA